CCGCGCGCGCGAACGCGAAUCUCUUUCUCCUCUCUCCGGCCUCCAGCUCUCCAAGGCUAAUAGGCGGCGCGCGGCUACCGUCCGGUCCACGCUGACGCGCGUCUCCGUCCGUGUCCGCCGAUGGCCGGCACCACCGUGUGCUCCAUGUGUGGCGACGUCGGCUUCGCCGACAAGCUCUUCCGCUGCGCCCGCUGCCGCCGCCGCUUCCAGCACUCCUACUGCACCAACUACUACGGCGACGCGGCCCCGGCGGAGGCGGGCGCGGGCGUCUGCGACUGGUGCCUCAGCGACGACGUCGGCGGCAGCGGCGGGAAGAAGCGGCCGUACAACUCCUCGGCAGCGUCGGGCUGCAGCAAGCAGCAGCAGGCGGCGGCAGCGGCGCAAGGCAGGAGCGAGCAGCAGGCGUUCCCGACCAUCAGCGGGUGCGGCAAGGGCGCGGGAAAGGUCACCGGCGGCGAGCUUGAGGCAGGCGGCCGGAGAGCCCGCAGGUACAAGCUCCUCAAGGACGUGCUCUGCUAGCGAGCUGGCUUUAACUACCUAGCUAGGCGUGCUUCGAUCGUUGCACUACAAAACAGUUGCUCGCUAAUUAGACAGGUGAAACUAGAUUAGCUCGCGAGAUGGUUUGAUCUUUUUUACCAUCCCUUGUACGAUCGAGUGUUUGUGCGUUAUGAUGAGGACUUUGGUUGUGCAUGUGUAUAAGCUAGCCGCUGCCUUUGGCGUUGAGACUUUUCCUCA